AUGCUUUCCGCUGAGCUCAGAAAGGAACUAUAUGAAGUGGGCCAACGUACUUCCCAAGUCGAAAAGAAAAUGGACAAGUUUGCUGAGGCCCACAACAGCCUCGCAGACAAGCUCCAGGAGAUGGAAGCGGCUCUCCAAGAACAUAAAUUGAAACUAGUGGAUAUCGAGGACCGGAUUCGGAGGAAUAACCUGCGCAUAAGAGGUAUCCCCGAGUCAGUCCUCCCCUCUGCACUCAAUACUUACCUGUUGGACUUUUUCCAGGCCUUCAUUCCAGAGAUCCACCCGGACCAACUACUCAUCGACAGGGCUCAUCGACUCCGACGCCCGCAACACCUACCCACCACAGCAGCCAGAGAUGUGAUUGUCCGGGUGCACUUCUUUCAUGCCAAAGAGAGGCUGGCGCGGGACUGCAGAGCGGCGGAGAUGCUGGAACCCUACCAAGUGUUGAAGAUCUUCACUGACCUCUCAGCGGUGACCCUCCAAUUUCGCAAACGCAUGGCACCGAUCACAGCUGCACUAAGAACCCACCGAGUGGCAUACAGGUGGGGAUUCCCCGCAAAACUGCUCAUCAGCUACAAGAAUGGCAUCCACUGA